GCAGGGUUAAGAGUGUCAGGGGCCGGGUCCGCCUGCUGCCGCACCAUUCAGUGCCAGAGUCUGGGAGCGCGAGCAUCACCCGCUCCUGCAGCCUCCUCCACACAACCUGUCCCAGCUCCGGCGACACCACCAAUCCUAAUCCCAAGAAUAUCCACUAUCAGGAGGCUGUGUUGAAGGAGACGAUGUCUUACCGACCCACGGAGACUAACCAGGCGAGUGCGGAGUGGUGUCAACAGCGUCGUGGACACUACCACCUGCACCCAAGAGAAUCUUCGCCGAAUUUUGAUUCGAGGUUCCCGAGUCCUUGGGCUCGGAGCCCUAUGCAGUGCUCGGAAGCACAAUACGGCUGGUCCUGGAGUCCAUCACCAGCAACCAUGGCACCCAACACUAUCAGAGAUGAAUGGUCCUGGAGUCCCUCGGCUACCAUGGUAGCCAACACUAUCAGAGAUGAAUGGUCCUGGAGUCCUUCGGCAACCAUGGUAGCCAACACUAUCAGAGAGGAAUGGUCCUGGAGUCAUUCUACACCACCUUUGCCAUCAAACACGAUGGCAGAUGAAUGGUCCUGGAGUCCCUCACCACCAUUCUUGCCAACCAACACGAUGGCAGAUGAAUGGUUUUGGAAUCUAGCAUACAGGAUUAAAUUAGAAACCAGAUGGUCUUGGAGCCCAUCAAAGCUGACUGUCCCUACAUGGAGGACCAAACGUAGGCGGCGGCGUUCCCGUAGACGCAGGAGAAGAACGCCUAAGUGGUUGUCUCUGCAGAAUGAGUUUUACAGAUGGAAGAACGAUACAAGACCGAGGCGUUCAUUUUCAGCCAAUAGGCCCGCAUUGCAAACCUCUACCCGAACCCCAUGUGGUGAAAGGUUAGGUUACCCACGGGCACGAGCUAACAGAACUCUUAACCAGUGUCCUUGUGAGGCGCUCGACAGCGACUCAGAGGAGGAGUUUCCUCAGUUGACAAGCAAAGCGUCGCGUGGUAAGUGCCCUGCACUGCCCACGUCUGACCAGUCGGCUACCACCAGUAACUCCCCAGAAAGGAGCCUCUCCCCUUUUCUUGGGGUUUGUCCAGCUGAGACCGAUGAAGCGUCCAGGAGGACAGCCCCGGUGGAGGAUGGUGUAAGUGGACAUUUUGGAAGCUUGUCAGAAUUAGACCCAUUUUUUCACACUGCGGCAGACGAGAGUUUUAACAGUCAGUGUUCAGUAGAUACAUUGUUGCAGUUACCGAAGAUGGGAUGGUCCAACUGUUCAUUUUCUCUAGAGGCACCUGAACAGUUAAUAGAAAAUGACUUGGUAAACUCUCCUAAAAUAACAGAUACAGAUACUGACAGACUGGAACGUUUAUCUCCUCUAGGAGAAGAUUCCUCACUCUCAAGAAACGAAGAAUAUAAUCCAUGUUCCACAACAGCAAUGGUGGCAAACGAAGACUCAAUAAGCCAGUUGACAACACUUAACCCUUUGCAUGCCAAUAUUCAACAUAUUCAUACAUGUACUCCACACACACACAUGACUGCAGGGGAUGUAUUAAUGAGAAGUACAGGCGGGCUAUCCACGGAAUAUGAGCCAGGAAGUGAGAGCUCACGUUCACCACCAGUAAAUAUGACAGUCGUGAGUGCAAGAGGAGAGAGAUCCAGCGGUGACCUUGUCACUGGUGAGUGUGUGCCUAAUCAGGGGGACGUCGGGAAAUCAUUCCCUAAAAUAUCCUCUUUACUGAAUAUGGGACACCCUUUAACUGAUAAUGUUCCUUUACCAACACGAGGGUCCCGAAGGCCAACACCAGAAUGGUCCAGGACCCCAUCACCAACACUGGAAAGGUCCAGGAGCCCAUCACCAACACUGGAAAGGUCCAGGACCCCAUCAACAACACUGGAAAGGUCCAGGACCCCAUCACCAACACUGGAAAGGUCCAGGACCCCAUCAACAACACUGGAAAGGUCCAGGACCCCAUCACCAACACUGGAAAGGUCCAGGACCCCAUCACCAACACUGGAAAGUACCAGGAGCCCAUCACCAACACUGGACAGAUCAAGAAGCCCAUCACCAACACUGGACAGAUCAAGGAGCCCAACACCAACACUGGAAAGGUCCAGGAGUCCAUCACCAACACUGGAAAGGUCCAGGACCCCAUCACCAACACUGGAAAGGUCCAGGAGUCCAUCACCAACACUGGAAAGGUCCAGGAGCCCAUCACCAACACUGGACAGAUCAAGGAGCCCAUCACCAACACUGGAAAGGUCCAGGAGUCCAUCACCAACACUGGAAAGGUCCAGGAGCCCAUCACCAACACUGGACAGAUCAAGGAGCCCAUCACCAACACUGGACAGAUCAAGGAGCCCAUCACCAACACUGGAAAAGUCCAGGACCCCAUCACCAACACUGGAAAGGUCCAGGAGUUCAUCACCAACACUGGAAAGGUCCAGGAGUUCAUCACCAACACUGGAAAGACCUAGGAGCCCAUCACCAACACUGGAAAGAUCAAGGAGCCCAUCACCAACACUGGAAAGGUCCAGGACCCCAUCACCAACACUGGAAAGGUCCAGGACCCCAUCACCAACACUGGAAAGGUCCAGGAGUCCAUCACCAACACUCGACAGGUCCAGGAGUCCAUCACCAACACUGGAAAGGUCCAGGAGUCCAUCACCAACACUGGAAAGGUCCAGGACCCCAUCACCAACACUGGAAAGGUCCAGGACCCCAUCACCAACACUGGAAAGGUCCAGGAGUCCAUCACCAACACUGGAAAGGUCCAGGAGCCCAUCACCAACACUGGACAGAUCAAGGAGCCCAUCACCAACACUGGACAGGUCCAGGAGUUCAUCACCAACACUGGAAAGGUCCAGGACCCCAUCACCAACAUUGGAAAGGUCCAGGACCCCAUCACCAACACUGGAAAGGUCCAGGAGUUCAUCACCAGCACUGGAAAGGUCCAGGAGUCCAUCACCAACACUGGAAAGGUCCAGGAGUCCAUCACCAACACUGGAAAGACCUAGGAGUCCAUCACCAACACUGGAAAGACCUAGGAGUCCAUCACCAACACUGGAAAGACCUAGGAGCCCAUCACCAACACUGGAAAGGUCCAGGAGUCCAUCACCAACACUGGAAAGGUCCAGGAGUCCAUCACCAACACUGGAAAGGUCCAGGAGUCCAUCACCAACACUGGGAAGGUCCAGGAGUCCAUCACCAACACUGGAAAGGUCCAGGACCCCAUCACCAACACUGGAAAGAUCAAGGAGCCCAUCACCAACACUGGAAAGAUCAAGGAGCCCAUCACCAACACUGGAAAGACCUAGGAGCCCAUCACCAACACUGGAAAGACCUAGGAGCCCAUCAACACUGGAAAGGUCCAGGAGUCCAUCACCAACACUGGAAAGGUCCAGGACCCCAUCACCAACACUGGAAAGGUCCAGGACCCCAUCACCAACACUGGAAAGAUCAAGGAGCCCAUCACCAACACUGGAAAGACCUAGGAGCCCAUCACCAACACUGGAAAGACCUAGGAGCCCAUCAACACUGGAAAGGUCCAGGAGUCCAUCACCAACACUGGAAAGGUCCAGGACCCCAUUACCAACACUGGAAAGGUCCAGGAGUCCAUCACCAACACUGGAAAGGUCCAGGACCCCAUCACCAACAAUGGAAAGGUCCAGGACCCCAUCACCAACACUGGAAAGAUCAAGGAGCCCAUCACCAACACUGGAAAGAUCAAGGAGCCCAUCACCAACACUGGAAAGAUCAAGGAGCCCAUCACCAACACUGGAAAGAUCAAGGAGCCCAUCACCAACACUGGAAAGAUCAAGGAGCCCAUCACCAACACUGGAAAGAUCAAGGAGCCCAUCACCAACACUGGAAAGAUCAAGGAGCCCAUCACCAACACUGGAAAGACCUAGGAGCCCAUCACCAACACUGGAAAGAUCAAGGAGCCCAUCACCAACACUGGAAAGAUCAAGGAGCCCAUCACCAACACUGGAAAGAUCAAGGAGCCCAUCACCAACACUGGAAAGAUCAAGGAGCCCAUCACCAACACUGGAAAGAUCAAGGAGCCCAUCACCAACACUGGAAAGAUCAAGGAGCCCAUCACCAACACUGGAAAGAUCAAGGAGCCCAUCACCAACACUGGAAAGACCUAGGAGCCCAUCACCAACACUGGAAAGAUCAAGGAGCCCAUCACCAACACUGGAAAGAUCAAGGAGCCCAUCACCAACACUGGAAAGAUCAAGGAGCCCAUCACCAACACUGGAAAGAUCAAGGAGCCCAUCACCAACACUGGAAAGAUCAAGGAGCCCAUCACCAACACUGGAAAGAUCAAGGAGCCCAUCACCAACACUGGAAAGGUCCAGGAGCCCAUCACCAACACUGGAAAGGUCCAGGACCCCAUCACCAACACUGGAAAGAUCAAGGACCCCAUCACCAACACUGGAAAGAUCAAGGAGCCCAUCACCAACACUGGAAAGAUCAAGGAGCCCAUCACCAACACUGGAAAGAUCAAGGACCCCAUCACCAACACUGGAAAGAUCAAGGACCCCAUCACCAACUACUGUAUCUUUACAGCCUCUGGCGAUUGUCAAAAGCCCAUUAUUGGAAAAAACCAGCAACCCAUCUCCAUCACUCUUGGGUUUACCAACAAAGAAAGUAUAUAUGAAAUCAUUCCCUGUUGAUAAUGUCAGUGAAGUAUAUAUUGACUUGUCUAUAACUAGUGUGGCGUCUCCGACCAUAAGAAAAAGACGCUCCAGUUCUGAAUUCGACUCUGAACACCAACCAUCAAAGAAAAUGUGUUCUCCCCAACUUAGUGAAUCCGAUUUCUUCCACUCCAAAUAUGAUGUUGGCAGUCCCAUGUUAUCCCAGCGGGAGAAUGACUAUGGUAGUCCCAUGCUAUCCCAGCGGGAGAAUGACUAUGGUAGUCCCAUGCUAUCCCACCUGGAGAAUGUCGAUGGUAAUCCCAUGCUAUCCCACCCGGAGAAUGUCGAUGGUAAUCCCAUGCUAUCCCAGCGGGAGAAUGACUAUGGUAGUCCUAUGCUAUCCCAGCGGGAGAAUGACUAUGGUAGUCCUAUGCUAUCCCAGCGGGAGAAUGACGAUGGUAGUCCUAUGCUAUCAUUAAGUGUCAAAAGAAACCUAUCUCCAGAAGACUCCCAUUCUGCAUGCCAUAUAAAGAAAAAAAUCAGAAUCCACGCAACGGUCGAUACAGCUGCUCUACUGGCAAAAAUUCACGAAUUCAUGUUGACGCCACCAAGAGAGACGCAGAGCAGGGCGCAGCGCAACUCCGUGAUGACGCGAGCCGCCGCGCGCAGACUGUUGGCCAGGUCUCCCAAUCACAACCUCCUCCAUGUUGCUGACAAGCGGAUGGAAGUGUUUGAAGCAAUAGAGGAAGGGAAGACACAACGAGUGAGGGAGCUGAUCCAGGACACCGGCCCAGCCAUCAGGAGGGACAACACGGACUGUACUCUGCUCCAUGUUGCAGCCGCCUCCAAUCAGUUAGAUGUGGUGCUCUUCCUCCUCAAGCUCAUUAACCCCAACAUUGUCAACAAGGAGGGCCGCACCCCGGCCCACCUGGCCGCCAUUAAGGGCCACACUCAGGUCUUGAGGAUUCUGAUGGCUGAUGACGGACUGAACCACGACAAGCGAGACAACUCCAACAGAACUUACAAGGACUUGCUUUCUGCGCCUCUGUUUGAGGCAGUGUUGGGAAACAAUCGAAGCAGAGUACAAGAGCUGUUGAAGCUUGGUGUUGACCCAGACUAUCACGCGGGGUCACUGGUCGAGGGAAUGCUGGAGGAGGAGCUACAGGUCGUCACGGCUCGCCAUCUAGCCCUUACACUGAACCAGGAACCCAUCAUCCGCUUAUUCGCUAAGGAGCGACCCCCAGAGAAAGCCACAGAAGACACUAAUCUUAGUUUGUCUCUGACCUCGUGUGAACUGCAUCCAGCCAGAGACCAAUUGAUACCAAGACUUAUGAUGAAUCCCAGAACCGGCCAGGCUUCAGGCCCCGACGUGUACAAGAUGGACACAGACCCCCGGGGAUACGUCUGUAUCCUCAGCUACAGUUCCUUCAAGGACCGCCCCGACCUGGACCUCGAGGGUUCACACUCUGACGUCAACAACCUGUCAAACGUCUUCGGGAAAAUGGGAUACACUGGACACUCACACUCCUCCUUGACGGCACACCAGACCAAGCAAGUGUUGACGAGUGUCAGGGACAUGGAAGUCCUCGACCAUGUUGGAUGUGCUGUUUUUGUCAUCUCUAGUCAUGGUGUUGGAAACGAAAAGUUUCUAACUAAUGACAUGAAACUUUUAACAACCGAAUGGGUUUGUGGCCUCUUUAAAGAUUCAGAAUGUCCACGAUUAAAACAUAAACCCAAGCUGUUCAUCUUCGACUUUUGUUGUGGUUAUUAUAAGGACCAGACUCCUAGACCAUGCAACACUGCCAAAUAUACGAGAGUGGAGGAGCCUCUACGGGACAUGAUGUGCCUCUACUCCAAUGACGGAAGUUUCACAUCGUACACCUUUACUGAUGACGGAACUCCCUUCAUCACGGCCCUGUGUCGCACCCUGGCGCAGCACGCUCAAGGCAAGGAACUUGGCGAGUUGUACAGACAGUUCCUCAAGGAGUGCACCAGGACCUCCCUCGCCGGGGCACCGCAGCUCCGGAACUUCAGCUUCGUCAAACAAUUCUACUUCAACCCUGUAUAUUAAAUGUCUCAGCAGUGUUGGCAUUUCCCUCUUCACUCACAUUUUCCAUUACAACUGUGUACCUCUAACUUGUCAAGAUCUCCAGCCAUCGGCCCAAUGCGACAGGGGAUAGAACAUCAACAAUUUAGUUGUUAACGAAAUCGACAAGAUUUCCAGUGGAAAGGACUAGUCAAGUUGAGUUGUUUACAGAAACCUUACCAAGUGGGCUGAGUGAGUGAGGUAUGGCAUCAUGUGACAACACCCGGUAACACCCCGGGGUUGUUACUACACCCAGUAACACCCGGGGCUUGUUACUACACUGUGCCUGGUACAUGGUGCUGGUAUGGGCUCGGGGGACAACACUCCACAGAAACUAUUGUGUCACCGGAUCCUGCUUGCUACAUCGUUAUAUACACGUUUCAAUGUUUCGAUUAAAAGAUUAACAUUUAUUUCACUGUAUAUAUGUUUUAGUGCUGUGUGUGGCACUAACAGUGGCACUAACAGUGACACCUGUAACGGAUCCCUCUAAGCCACGAACCUUACAAUAAACACGCCUACAUUACCAGAAAAGGUUGAAUACUUGUGAAACGUGAAUUAUUUGAACGAUAAUUAUUCAACAAUUUCAUGAUCUCUCAUAUCCUCAGAAAUUGUAAUACUGACAAAUAUAAUGUUUAAACUGAUAAAAACAAAUAUUAAAUUAUUAUAAAUUGGAAUAUAAUUACAGUAUAUAAAUAUUUUUAAACACCUUAUAAAUUACACGAGCCUAACUCGUCGAGUCAUGUGAAAGCCUUGAACAAAUCCAUAAGGGCCGUGACGAGGAUUCGAACCUGCCUCCGAGAGCAUCCCAGACGCUGCCUUAAUCAAGGUGUAAUGAAGGCCUUGUACAGACCUUUAAAAAAAGAUCAAAGUUCUUGGAACAAUAAUGUCUGAAGAUUUAUAAAGGAAACGACAACAAUCAGGAAAAUGAGAGGUUGGAUAAUGAGCACAGUGGUCUACGUUCUCAACUCGCAACAGAGGGAAGCGAGUUCAAUCUCCAGGCGGGAAAGAAACGGUUGAGCACGUUUUCUUUCACCUGAUGCCCCUGUUCUCCAAGCGGUAAAUAGGUAUCUGGUACAUCAACAAUUGUUGUGGAGUUGCAUCCUGAAGGAGGUCAGUAGUUGACCUUGGGGAGAUAUCGAUAAGCCUGCGGACAGGUUCCUGUCUCCAACAACAGGAAUGCAACAGAAUUCAGACCAGGAGACGCCACAAGAGUGACAGCUCACGUGAGAAUGGAAUGGAAUUAUCAGGGGGAAAGCGCCAAGCCAUUACGACUAUAUAGCACUUGGAAGAGGUCAGGAUAAGGAUUUGGGAUAGGACGGUUGGGAAGGAAUGGUGCCCAACCACUUGGACGAUCGGGCAUUGAACGCCGACCUGCAUGAAGCGAGACCGUCGCUCUACCGUCCACCCCAAAAGCUCACGUGAGAGCCCAAGUGAUCUCUUGUAUGAAAUAUUUAGUCCUCACAUCCGCUGUCAAGGCAGGCAAGAUAUCAGGUCUAGACUGUUACUGCCACGCACACAAUCUGCUUGAUCAGUUUAACAACUGGAUAGUUUGCAACACUUCACGCGGAGUUCAAGAUUGAGUGAACAACUGGCUCAGGCAGUCUUGUGUGGAAUUUAAAGUUUCCAGUUGAAGCUUCAGAGGGAUUGCAAUAGCGACAACAGUUACUAUAAGACCGCAGGUAUGUUGAUACUAAUACCCUGACGUGCUGCGUCAGACACAACACCUGCGCUCUACAGUAAGUAACAACAAAGAGGGGGGGGGAAGGGGGGGAAGGAAUAGCCUAAGGUAUUCUAUCCCUUUGAGACGUAUUUCUUUCUUGUCUCAAUAAACAUAGUUGAACUUGUAACAACAAUAAUUAUUGUGACCAUAGAGGUGAGAACUUCAUUCUCAACAUUAUGUACCUGUAUGCAUGUAAUGAAUGAUUUCUUCAAUUUAUAUAAACUGUAUGUACCGUGUGUGUAUAUCUUUCCAGAGACACAGAGAUCCCAUAUUGCCCGAAACGCUAUGUGCGUAUUAGUGGCUUUCGGUACUGUAUAUGUACUAGCUCUAUUUAUAAAUCCAACAUAAUGUUUGUAACUCAUCAUCUAUGUAUGUAAUUUUACCUGAAUAAAAUUUUGAAUUUGAAUAUUCACACAUACUUCAGGUUAAUGCUUUAUCAUGGGAUCAUCCCUGGCUCGUUUCCAGGUCUGACCUUGUUUACCCAAAACGCUGUGCGUAUUAGCGAUUGAUUGAUUGAUUAAGCCACCCAAGAGGUGGCACGGCUCUAUCUAGAAAUCCAACAGUCUGUAUGUAAAUAAUUUUGUAUAUGUGUAGUUUUAUCUGAAUAAACUACUGUAUUAUUAUUAUUAUUAUUAUAUCCAGAUUUAGGCUGUAGUUUGCUUUAAGCAACAAUUAACUGUCAAGCCAGUUAUUUUAUUAUAUGAAUGUACGUCUUUAUUUAACUCAAUAAAGUUACGUCAACC